AUGGCGUGGCAGGAAGAAGACAGUUCCAAGAAUCUGGGGUCUGUGGGAGUCAGCACGCCGCAUGGCUCAGCGGUCCCCUUGCUCCUGCUGCUGCUCCAGGGAGUCGCUGUGUACGGUCGCUGUGUACGGUCGCUGUGUACGAUCGCUGUGUAUGGGCUGCGAUCGCUGUGUACGGUCGCUGUGUACGGGCUGCGAUCGCUGUGUACGGGCUGCGAUCGCUGUGUAUGGGCUGCCAUCGCUGUGUACGAUCGCUGUGUACGGUCGCUGUGUACGGACGCUGUGUACGGUCGCUGUGUACGGUCUCUGUGUACGGUUGCUGUGUACGGUUGCUGUGUACGGGCUGCCAUCGCUGUGUACGAUCGCUGUGUACGGUCGCUGUGUACGGACGCUGUGUACGGUCGCUGUGUACGGUCGCUGUGUACGGGCUGCGAUCACUGUGUACGGUCGCUGUGUACGGUCACUGUGUGCAGUCGCUGUGUACGAUCGCUGUGUACGGUCACUGUGUACGGGCUGCGAUCGCUGUGCUGCCAUCGCUGUGUACGGUCGCUGUGUGUGGUCGCUGUGUACGGUCACUGUGUACGGGCUGUGAUCGCUGUGUACGAUCGCUGUGUACGGUCACUGUGUACGGUCGCUGUGUGCAGUCGCUGUGUGCGGUCGCUGUGUACGGUCGCUGUGUGCGGUCGCUGUGUACGGUCGCUGUGUACGGUCGCUGUGUGCGGUCGCUGUGUACGGGCUGCAAUCGCUGUGUACGAUCGCUGUGUACGGUUGCUGUGUACGGUCGCUGUGUACGGUCGCUGUGUACAAUCGCUGUGUACGAUCGCUGUGUACGGUCACUGUGUACGGUCGCUGUGUAUGGUCGCUGUGUACGGGCUGCAAUCGCUGUGUACGAUCGCUGUGUACGGUCGCUGUGUACAGGCUGCGAUCGCUGUGUAUGAUCGCUGUGUACGGUCACUGUGUACGGGCUGCGAUCGCUGUGUACGGUUGCUGUGUACGGUCGCUGUGUACGGGCUGCGAUCGCUGUGUACGGGCUGCGAUCGCUGUGUAUGGUUGCUGUGUACGGUCGCUGUGUAUGGUCGCUGUGUACGGGCUGCGAUUGCUGUGUACGGGCUGCGAUCGUUGUGUACAGUCGCUGUGUACGAUCGCUGUGUAUGGUCGCUGUGUACGGGCUGCGAUCGCUGUGAUGACACAGAUGUUUCUGCAAAAGUGUCGGAGGACUUCUCAGUUCCCUCACGGGCUUCCUACUCCUUGAAGCACUUCCUGAAUCUCCGAGGAUGUCCGUCCCAUGGAACCAGCUUCUGCAGAGCCCCGGCCUCCUCCUUGUCUGGGCUGGGCUGCCCCGCCCUCGUCUGCUACACAGAUUACCUCCAGGCGGUCAUCUGCAUCCUGGAGAUGUGGAACCUCCACCCCAGCACGCUCACUCUCACCUGGCAAGAACAGUAUGAUGAGCUGAAGGACGAGGUCACCUCCUGCAGCCUCCACAGGUCGGCCCACAACGCCACGCAUGCCACAUAUACCUGCCACACGGAUGUGUUCCACUUCGUGGCCAAUGACAUUUUCAGUAUCAACAUCAUAGAUCAGUCUGGCAACUACUCCCAGGAGUGUGGCAGCUUUGUCCUGGCUGAGAGCAUCAAGCCAGCUCCCCCUUUCAACGUGACCGUGACCUUCUCAGGACAGUAUAAUAUCUCCUGGCGUUCAGAUUACGAAGACCCUGACUUCUUCAUUCUGAAGGGCAAGCUUCAGUAUGAGCUGCAGUACAGGAACCGGGGAGACCCCUGGGCUGUGAGUCCAAGGAGAAAGCUGAUCUCAGUGUACUCGAGAAGUGUCUCCCUCCUCCCCUUGGAGUUCCGCAAAGACUUGAGCUAUGAGCUGCAGGUGGGGGCAGGGCCCAUGCCUGGCUCCUCUUACCAGGGGACCUGGAGUGAGUGGAGUGACCCGGUCAUCUUUCAGACCCAGUCAGAGGAGUUAAAGGAAGGCUGGAACCCUCACCUGCUGCUUCUCCUUCUGCUUGUCAUAGUCUUCAUUCCUGUCUUCUGGGGCCAGAAGACCCACCCAGUGUGGAGGCUGUGGAAGAAGACAUGGGUCAUCCGCAGCCCCAAGAAUUUCUUCCUGCCUCUGUGCCAGUGCUACGGAGGAGACUUCAAGAAAUGGGUGGGUGCACCCCUCACCGCCUCCAUCCUGGAGCUGGGACCCUGGAGCCCUGAGGUGCCCUCAGCCCUGGAGGGGUACCAUUGCCACCUACCACGGAGUCCGGCCAAGAGGCUGCAGCUCAUGGACCUGCGAGAACCGGCAGAGCUGGUAGAGUCUGGCAGCGCACCCAAGCCCAGCUCCUGGGCCACGGCCCAGAACUCAGGAGGCUCAGCUUACAUCGAGGAGGGGGGCCGGCUGUACGGCCUGCUGUCCCUCGACACAGUGACUGUGCCAGAUGCAGAGGGGCUCUGCGCCGGGCCUUGCAGCUGUGAGGAUGGCGGCUACCCAGCCCUGGAUCUGGAGGCCAGCCUUGAGCCCAGCCCAGGCCUAGAGGACACACUCUUAGAUGUGGGCACCACAGUCCUCCCCUGUGGCUGUGUCUUGGCUGGCAGUCCUGGGCUAGGAGGGCCCCUGGGAAGCCUCCUGGACAGACUAAAGCCACCCCUUGCAGAUGGGGAGGACUGGGCUGGGGAACUGCCCUGGGGUGGCUGGUCACCCAGAGGGGCCUUAGAGAGUGAGGCAGGCUUGCCCCCAGCCGGCCUGGAUAUGGACACGUUUGACAGUGGCUUCAUGGGCUCUGACUGCAGCAGCCCUGUGGAGUGUGACUUCACCAGUCCCUGGGGCGAAGGCCCCCCCCGGAGCUACCUCGGCCAGUGGGUGGUCAUUCCGUCGCCACUCUCGAGCCCUGGACCCCAGGCCAGCUAGUGAGGCUGACUGGCUGUCCAGAGCUGGCCACUGGCUACUGGGCCCUGAGCCAGAGUCAAGGUCACCUGGGCUGUGAUUGAAGACACCUGCAGCCUUUGGGCUCCCAGAUGGGCCCAGCGUGAUGUUUACAGUGUCUGUGUGUGUGCACGUGCAUGUAUGUGCAUGUGUAGGUGCGUGU